AUGGCCACUGUCUUAGCUUCCUCAUUUAAAAGAAGAGGGUUGCUUGCCGGUAUAAAGGAAGCUGUUCAAACAGAAAAGGCUCCUGCUGCCUUGGGACCAUAUUCUCAGGCCACAAAAGCCAACGACUUUCUCUUUGUGUCCGGUGUUCUUGGACUUGUUCCAGAGACUGGAAAGUUCAUCUCAGAUUCUGUGGAAGAUCAAACUGAGCAGCUUCUCAAAAAUAUGGGGGAAAUACUUAAAGCCGGUGGUGCAAGUUAUGCUGCAGUAGUUAAGACAACAAUUAUGUUAGCUGACCUUAAAGACUUCAAGAAAGUGAAUGAGAUUUAUGCUAAAUACUUCCCUUCGCCUGCCCCUGCACGUUCAACAUAUCAGGUAGCAGCAUUACCAUUGGAUGCCAAGAUUGAAAUUGAGUGCAUUGCUGCAAUAUAGACUCCAUUCAUGCUUGGAAUUUGCUUCUUCACAAAGCUCGGUUAAUAAGGUGGGAGGGGUAUCUCCAAGUUUUGGAGUUUGACAUGUGGAUGUUGUUGUUAUC